UCGAAAACACACACAGAAGAACCGCGCGCAGAAGCAGCAGUAGAAGCGCGACCGCCUCAAACUUUACAGCAGUAUUUCUGGUUUUACGAAGCUCGACAGAAACCUGCUCGGUGAAGCUGAAAAUGAUGCCCACUACUACCAGGAAGAGAAAGCUCCCCUCUCUGGACUCUGACAGCCACCCGGCCAAGAAGGGGGUAAGAGAGGAGAUGUCUCCUGUGAAGAGGAGAUCCCCAAGAAACCCUCCAACAAGAAAGAAGCCAGUCGGUAGUCUGGACAAGGAGAAUUGCCCCUCGCCACAGAAAUCCCCACGCAGACCUGCAGGCUCUCCAGCCCAAUCGCCCCGCAAAUCUCCAUUCAAACCUUCCUUGGUUACAAGCUCCUUCUAUGGCAAGCAGAAGCCUAUGUAUCUCACUCCGCUUGAAAGGAAGGCAAUAAAAGAAUCUCUGCCAUUGCGUCUUCCUGCUCCUCCCUCUCCUCCUACUCCUUUGGCCCAAAAGCCAGAGAAGAAGACUAAGAGGAACAUUAAAGGAGGCAACAAGCCAAGGAAGGCAACUACAGGAUCUAGUAAUGGGGGGAAGACAGCUGUCAAAUACACAACCUCUACGAAGGCAAUCAGGCUGUCCAAAGUCAACAGCAGUAAAGCUGCUAAACCGACAGCCACUACCGCCACGGCACCUGUCAGCAACAAACCUGUAGAGUCUAAGAAAGCAAUCACCAUCACUUUCAGCAGCCUGAAGCCCAAGCCCAAGAUCUUUGUUGGAGCUGCUUUCUUCGGUACAGAAAAGAAACCUCGGUCCAUGUACAAGAAAUCUGCACCAAAAUCUUCCACCAGGCCAGCUUCAGUUCCAGGGAAAAGCAAAAAGGUACUGCCACAGACAAAGAGCGAGAAACCAAAGCAGCAGGUUGCUUCAGUGAUGACCCAACAGCAGAAAGAACCAGAAAAGACUGCUGUCCGUCCAGUCCAUAUGGAGGAGAACCAACUGGACAAGAAACCGAGAACAAAGUGUGAUCCAACAGACUGGAUGGACUCAGACGAUGAGCCAUUACAGAGGUCUCCGAAAAUGUUGAGAGAGAAAUAUUUAGUAAGCCAGGAGGUUAAAAUUGUGUUGUCAAGGACCUCAACCUCAAGUUCUGCAUCUACAGCCUCAUCCUUCAACACCCAGGAUGAUUCUGAGCCUGUCUUUGACCUGAGUGACAUAAACCCGAGCAGUGCUGCCUCCAGCCCGCCCAAAGAGCCUGCAGCGGUCUACCCCAUAUUUGGUUCUGCCUCCAAAAGGUUGAAGAAAGCAGCUCUGCGUUCUCCGGUGUCCUGCAGCACCCCCUCUGGCUCAGUAAUGUCAGUUCAGCCUCCGUCUGCAGCAGCUAAAGAGCGAAGUGUUCGCAGGAGGAAAGAGAAGCAGGAUGACGACCAGCUCAUCAUUGAUGCAGGUCAGAAACAAUUUGGAGCAACAACCUGCAGCUCAUGUGGGAUGGUAUACAGUGCAGAUAAUCCAGAGGACAAUUUCCAACACACCCAGUUCCACCAGCGCUUCCUUGACUCCAUCAAAUUUGUGGGCUGGAAGAAGGAGCGGGUGGUGGCCGAGUUCUGGGAUGGAAAAAUUCUUCUGGUUAUGCCAGAUGAUCCCAAAUAUGCUAUAAAAAAGGCUGAGGACGUGCGCCGUGUAGCGGACAGUGAGUUGGGUUUCCAGCAAGUGACUCUGAGCAGACCAACGCAGGCUAAAACCUACCUGUUCAUCAACACAGAGCGGAUGGUGGUGGGAUGUCUCGUUGCUGAACACAUACGACAGGCUUACAGAGUCCUCGAGCAGCCGGAUCAACACAAGGAUAUGACAAAGGACGACUUCAUGGAGCGACACAGAGCCUGGUGCUGCUCCACCAUCCCAGAAAAAGCUCUGUGUGGGAUUAGUCGUAUCUGGGUCUUCAGCCUGGCAAGACGGCAGGGCAUCGCCACCCGCAUGCUGGACACUGUCAGGAGUACAUUCAUGUAUGGCAGUCACCUAACCAAGAAUGAAAUGGCUUUCUCUGAUCCGACGCCCGACGGCAAACUCUUCGCCAGCAAGUACUGCAACACACCAGCCUUCCUCGUUUACAACUUCAUAGCGUGAGGUUGGACAAAGAGUUUCUGAAUAUGUUGAUUAAAGAUGCCUUACUGAGUUCACUGAGGCAUUGAAUUGGAAAGUACCAUGUUAACAGAUCGUCAGGCAAUUGUUUAAGUUGUCUAUCGUAUGCAAAGCGACAGCUGUUCAGGUUUGUCCUUGAUGAGGCUUUAGUUCUGUAUGAGUGCUAAGUUUUGGUUGUAUAAUUCUCAUCCAGUUUGUCUUCAGGAUUAUGUAGGUCUAGUGUCUUUAAGGGUGAAUGAUACACCACUCAGUAUUGAUAUUCAGUGCUGCCAGGUUCUCUGUUGAAUGUUGUUUGUAUAAUGGCAGCACAUUGGUAUAUUUUUGCCGACUACAAAGUUCUAAUGUGCAGUGACUGGAGACAUUUCAUGAGUUUAUCUUGGACUGGGAGAUCAUUUUGUCUUUCUGUGCUCAAGUUAAUGACAACUUUAAGCCUCUUUGAUAAAACAGGUUCUUAAUUUUUGUUUUGCUACCAGUUUUCUAGGCACAUUGAACGGAAAUAUUUACAGACACCAACCUGUUGAAAGGUGGGCGCCGUUGUUUCGAGGCAUUUCUACUGUAAAUAGAUUUAAUAAACAUGUUGCCUUUGUUUUAUGAA